GCGGCAGCAUGAGGUGACGCAAGCUGGCCGCACAUGUAUCAAGCUCUCCUGCAUCUCGAUGAAGCUUCGCCUUCCACUUGCUCCUCGAGCAACCCUUGAACCCUCCUCGAUGCCCGUGGACAGGCAAGUUGUCCUUGUUUUCCAGCCGAUCAAACAGUGAAACGGUCGAUAUCUCGCCUCCGGACAUAUUGAUUUGCUGGCUUGCAUCCUCGCGCUUGCAGGGAUCCAUCUCCUUGCAGCAUUGCCCAACGUAGCGUGUCGCGAGCGUGUACCCACAUCGAGACACAUCGGUCCCGUGUCGUCUAGCAAAGCACACCACAGUCGAAGUGCAUGGGCUUGUCUCGCGGACCGUGAGAGGUAGAAAGACCAAGCGCAUCCUUGUGCAUCUCAAGUAGGUCCGUCUCGGGAGAAAAGGUGAACUUGUAGACAUCCCUACUCCUUCCGAGUUCGCCUCUGGCGGCGCCGCCAUCACCAUCACCUUACCUCAAUAUGGGGAUUUGGCCAGAGUCGAGAGGUCAGCAGGACAGCCAUAUCAACAGGCGGCACACUUCGAUUCGCCGGGGUCGUUCACCCCCACCAAGCAACAAGGACAUAGAUAGCCAGUAAAAGAUGCGUGCACCUUGUGCAUUGCAGUCAAGCUACCCCGGUACCUGUCUGGGGGAACUUGGACUAACGUUCAGGGGCCUGAGUGACACAAUUGGAAUCAAGCUUUGAGGUUCACAGUGACAACAGGUCUCGGCCCAGCCGCGAAGAAACCUCCAGCAAUAUAAGAGCUCCUGCCUCCUCCAGCCUACACCUCACACUCGCUCAUCAUCCACCUUUUGACAUCAACAUACCACUUCCUCCCAUUACACUGCCAAGAACUCUCCACCACACCUCACCAAACAUCUUUACAGCUUGUCACCGAACAUCCUCAACCCAUCAUCCACCUCACGCAACCAUCCUGGCUACCAAAGCAAUCAUGGAGGCCGCAUUUAAGACGCAGUCUGAGCUCAAACAGAAACUGGGAUUGCACAAGGUCUACGCUGUACCCAAUCAGAACUAUAAGCGCCACGGCACCAAGUCAUACGUCUACCUGAUCAACAAGUUCGGGUUCCAGCCCACCCAACCUGGUCCGUACCGUCAUGCCGCCACGAUCCAGCAGCGUGGGCUUGCCCACUCAAACGUUGCCAGGGGCGGACGUGUCCGUCGCGUGAACAAGUUCGUCAAGGCCGCCGGUGACCAGACAGGUGAAGUCACCGCAGAGGACCAGCAGAAUGACUCCAUGUAUCUCUGCGAGGUCGAGAUCGGAACUCCUCCCCAGAAGCUCAAGCUGGACUUUGAUACUGGAUCAUCUGACCUCUGGGUCUUCUCUACUGAGCUCCCCGCGAGCGCCCAGAACGGACACAACGUGUUUGACCCGUCCAAGUCGUCCACCUGGAAGGCUGCAGAGGGCGAGGCAUGGAAGAUAUCCUACGGCGACGGAAGCUCGGCGUCUGGCGAUGUGGGCAACGACACAGUCAGGAUCGGCGGUCUAUCUGUCGAGAACCAAGCCGUCGAGUUAGCCAAGGUUGCCGCUGACCAAUUCACGUCGGGAACCGGGGAUGGAUUGCUCGGUCUCGCCUUCCCAUCCAUCAACACCAUCACCAAGAACAACGAGCCAUCUCCCCAAAACACCCCUGUUGCGAACAUGAUCUCACAGGGUGACAUUCCUGCGGAGGCUCGGCUCUUCACAUCCGCGUUCUAUAGCUCCCGGGAUGACCAGGCCAACUCGUUCUACACCUUCGGGUACAUCGACCAGGACCUCGUCGGCACGAACGAGAUCUCGUACGUCGACGUCGACAGCUCCCAGGGCUUCUGGAUGUUCCCCUCGGCGAGCGCCACCGUCGCUGGUAAGAAGAUCGACCUCGCCAACAACAAGGCCAUCGCCGACACGGGCACCACCCUCGCCCUUGUGUCCGACGAGGUCUGCGAGGCGUUGUACAAGGCCAUCCCUGGCUCCAAGUACGACGAUCAGCAGCAGGGCUGGCUGUUCCCCACCUCCACCAAGGCCGAUCAGCUCCCGGACUUCAGCGUCGCUGUGGGCGAUAAGGAGUUCACGGUCCAGAAGGAGGACCUGGCUUUUGCGGAGGCGUCAGAGGGUUAUUGGUACGGUGGAGUCCAGUCGCGUGGUGACAACCCCUUUGACAUUCUGGGCGACACGUUCCUUAAGAGUGUCUAUGCUAUCUGGGACCAAGGGAACACCCGCUUCGGUGUUGUGCCCAAGAUCGAGAAAACCCAGAACCUUGAGCCGCCUGCUACUACAGGCUCGUGAGCACGUUCUGAACACGGUGGGGGGGGGGCAGGCAGUCCAUGAGGCAGGUUCUCGUCGCUCUGAUAGGAGAUGAUGGGUUUCAUGAUUCCAUUCUGGAAAGGAGGAUAUCAAGUCGCUUCCCAUCUCGAGUGAUUAUUCCCGACCGCAUAUAUCUCGAAGCACUGUUUAGCCAACUCAGUGGUGCUUUUUCUUGGACAAUCUAAUGCCUAUAUGCGAGGUACAUCUUGAAAAUGUCUGGUGAAAAGAGUCAGUGUGGCUCAGCUGGCCGUCACCGGUAAUCUCACACUUCGCUUACCUCGCCGUUGACCUUGGGCUCCCGAGGUCUAGUCUGCGUGGCGCCCAACCAAUAUGAGAGAGCAAGGGAGCUCGUUAUUUCUCAAAUGCGAACAGGGCACAUUGAUAAAAGACAUGACAAGUACACCGGUCACCAAAGUUCACAGCUGGCGCAUCCCGUGUGCUACGUUCCAGCAUAGGGACCGUGUAAAAUGAUUGGCCAGCUCGCUUUGGCGAGGCUUACGGCGUGCCUGCCUGCCCGUUUUCUGGAGAGACACAACGCGUUGGACUUCAGAUACCCCGGGCCACGCAUCCUCACUGUUCACGACGGCCUGUCCCAUCCCCACGGGGGCGGGCCCGAACGUGCCGGCAUGGGCCUGAGCAGCUAGCCUGAGGCUCGCCCGCCCGCCCGCUUGACUCGAGCCGAGUGCUGUCGUAUCCUACUGGCUGCGAUGUUGCCCUGCCAUGAUCUGGCCCAUUCUGACAACUACCACGCGGCCGUGCCGCUUUCGGUGGCUGGGCCCUGGUGCUGGUCGCACAGCGCCAGCCUGACAGGUGGUGGCGGAAGGGACAGAGGGUGUGUGUGAAGUUGCGAAGGUAUAUCUCUGCGUACUGCAAGAUGAUUGCGCAGCGUGGUUAGAUGCCUGUCUUGUACCGGAAGAUAGGUCCGGCCAAUCAUGACCUUCUGUUGAUCGCUUGGCAAAAGAGAGGCGGGAGUGGUGCUUGGUUGGUGUUAUCAUGUGAAGAUCGAUCGUCUCCAAAAAUCCAAAAGCAGAACCAGUCACGACGCCUUUCACUCUUGGUCGGGCAAGAUGGCAGCUGGGUGGUUAUACUUGAGACAGUGACGGUCAAACUCUGGUGGAGAGAGCACAAUUGAAAUAAAUCAACGAGGGCAAGACUCGGUACGCCUAAUGUACUUAAAUACCUACCUAGGUAGGUACCUACUCCGUGCUUGGUAGGUUCCUGGGUACUUGAGUACUCCGUAGUGUGGUAGUGUCCAUCUUACUCAAUUACCACCUGGGCAUUUGAAAAGGUCCGACCCCAUCAGCGCCGAUCCAAGACCUUUUGAUCAGACAUCCUGGUAAGGUUGGGGUAGCUUCUGCCCACCGGUUGAUCCCUGCGAAUUGGGGAUGUGCAGUCUGGCAGGAAAAAAGAGACCGCCUGUGCAAGGAGGCGUCAAGCCUUUGGGGGCAGGGCGGCUGUCAGGCGCUCGAUACAGAAGCCCGUUUUAUAGUUUAAGGCAUGACGGGGAUCGUGGGUUGAUGGGAGGGAAGCAAGCCGACGGUCGCGGGCAAAGCUUGGACGGGUGCAGGGCGGAGGGACGGGGCAGCAGGGCAGCAGGACGGGAUGCAGCGAAAGCCCGCUCUAGGAGUUGUUCUGGAUGGAUCUGCCGUCAGACCUGGAGAUCUUAGAUUGCGCAGGCGUUUCGUGAUGGGCGUGCCACAACCCAGCUUGCUGACUCGGAUGGACCAGAACAGACAGCCGAGUGUGCUGAUGGCCUCUGUACUGUGUAGACGGUCCUGCAGGCGGUGGUGCGUUUCGAGCCCGGCUGCAAGUGUGCUGGAGAAAGUGGUACGGCGAUCAGCAUCCAGGCCACUUAGCCGUAGGGGGACGGAGCUUCCCUCAGCAUGGAUACAGUUUGCUCCUCGGGCAGGCAGCAAGGGGCCAACGAGACGCGGAGGCACGAGGCAGCAGGAGGCAGGCAGGCGACAAGGGUUAUUGUCCCCGACGCUGUUGCCGAAGCUGUCGCUUCAUGAGACGACUGGGUAUCGUCAUGGUGGUUGGGGCUGACAGAAAAGACUCGGCCGCUCCCACAUUCUACCGCAUGCGAAGACGGCAAUAAUAAGCCAAUGUCGACUGUGGCCGACAGACCAGGUGUGGGUACAGCUCGCGAUCCUCAGACUGCCCGGACCAGUCAGGGCGAGGCAAUUGGAGGGUUUGAGCCUAGACCGUAG